CUCAACCUUCAUCACCGAGCAGGAGUUGAGACUUUUCUCUGUCGCGUCCACCCACCUCCCUCCCUUUCCACCCGCUCUCAGGCUGCCAUGAGCCCGACUCCAUUAGAUGCGAAUGUCGUCUUUGCUAGCACUGUCAUCCAUCCGCGGACAGAUUUUCGCCUAACUCCGGAAUCACGCCGCGAAGAAGCGUCGAAAAUCUCUGGUGCCGAGGUUGCCAAAUAUCGGGUUCUAGUGGCCGGAAGACUGCAAGCAGGGAAGACGACUCUCAUUAAUACUCUAUGUGGCACAACUUGCGAGUCCGGUCAAGAGGACAUCGAGAGGGAGUUCUCACACGAACGUCUCUUGCUUCAUGACUCUGCGGGGUAUCAAGGAGUGAGCUACAAUAUCCGACUAGUCAAGACCUUUCUCGACAAACGUGGGUUGGCGAGAACAUUUGCGGAGCGUGUUCACGCGAUAUGGUAUUGCAUAUGCACUGAUUCUGGAAUGCAUUUAGCCCCAGGCGACUUGCAUUUCUUCGACAACGAUAUCGCCCAACAAGUCCCAGUUAUUGCUGUUUUCACGCGAUACCGCGGGCUUGUCACCAGUGCAUAUGCGGACCUCCGAAUGACAUUGAGACGGGUGGAGGCCAAAGAAAAACGCUUUGAAAAGGCUCGAGAACUACUCCAGCUUGAAUACGUGGCUCCAUUACAGAAACUUCGCUACCCUCCGACGGCCUUUGUCCAGAUAGAUGAUCUAUUGGACGAGACAACCACUUUGGAGCAUCUCAUCCAGACGACGCUCGCGCUCAUGACGGGAGAAACUCUAAGACCCAUGGUCUUGUCCGUUCGACAAACCAACCUGGAUCCUUGUAUGGAAGCCGCGGUUGGCGCAGCUUUCGAUGCAAAAGAAGGCUCCGGUACCAACACUAUAUCACGUCUUGUGUUCUGCGGCAUUAUCCUCAUAUUUGGAAAGUCAGUCCAUAACCUCCACCGUCUCGUCGCUUCUGCUGAAGUCCAAAACCAGAAUGAAGUGCGUCGUUCGUUUGCGUUGACUGACAUGACGGUGAAAUGGUGUUGCACAGACAGUAAGUCUACCAAUGUCACGGGCUCCAGUGCUGACGACACCCAGUAUGAGCCGCCUGGUCCCGCUCGAGCGAUGGUUGACCUAAAUGACGACUAUCUCACACGGGCAAUCGCCACAUGUCGGUCAAGCAUAUCGCGAAGAAUUUCUGACACUCCGACAUACACAAAACGAGCGGAUCUUAUUACUACAUUAUGCAUCUGCAUCGAACAGACUGCCGUAGAAGCAUCUGUCUCCAUGGAUGACUUCUCCGACGGCUUUAACCUGGCGGCGGACGCCACAUCGGCUUCGUCUGGCAAGUACGCCAGCUGCACCCUCGACAUAGAUUUGAACCUCUGA